UUUAUGCGGAUUCAGUACAGUUGCAGUGUUUACAAAAUACUUACAUAUUUUCAAGAAUCUGGACCUUGGUAUUAGUGACCUAUUUUAGUUGUUUAUUAUUAUUAUAAAUCUCAGUAAUGUUAUUAUGAUAUUAUUUAUUUAGUACAAUUUCCUUGUAUCCCGCGUCUCACAUCUGCAAAGUGUUAUCUCGGUGUCAGUGACAUUUCAUGUUUCGUGUCAAGUUGAACACUUGAGAAACUCAAGAGUUAAUAUUUUUGAUAUUCCGUUCGUAAAAGUUUGCAAAAGUGCUAAGUGAAAAUGCUUUUUCCUUAUGGAUUCCUUGUUUUCGCGCUCCUGCCAGCCCUAUCCCUCUCCGAAGGCUCCUGCCCCCCGACGCUGCCGGUGGACGUGUGCGAGGCGCGCUGCGGCGCCGCGGGCUGCGCCGGCGCACAGCUGUGCUGCCCCACGCAGUGCGGCGGCGCCAUGUGCGUGGACGCUAUGACUACGAGGCACUUUGUUAACUUAGUUCGUCCCGGCAAAUGCCCCGAGUACCCGACCGGCGCGUGGGUGUGCUCGGACACGUGCACGGGCGACGGCGACUGCCCGCGCGCGCGCAAGUGCUGCGCCAACCGCUGCGGCGCGCGCACCUGCCAGCGCCCCGACCCCGACGACAGGCAGGGGGCGGAGGGGGCGGAGGGGAGGGAGGAGGAGCGAGCUGAGGGGAUGGAGGGGAGGGAGUGAUGUAGGAUUGGAUUAAAAUGGAUUAAAUGUGAAUGAUUUGUGUC